GGUAGGUUGUUUUCGAUUUCCGGUUAUGUUCGUUUGUUAGCCAAAUAUUUGAAUGUUUUUUUGUUGUUGUUUGGGACAUUCAAUAACAUCCGAGUUGUGAGAUUGAAUGACCUAUAUAUAGCGUUUUGUUAAUUAUUACAUAGCUAUCUUAUUAGAUAUAUAACUGGUUAAUAAGUAGGUCAUUCGAAGUAUAAACGGGUAGCGAUUAUUGGUCUGUCGUUAAGCUAGCUAGGCUAGCGAGGUGAGCCCAAACAGAUACUGAACUGAACAGAAAGUGCAAGCAAACAUGAGAAAUCACAGCCAACUCCGCCAGUGAACACUCAGGGGGAUGGUGUCGAGUGUUGUUGGUCAGCGUGUGUCUGUGAGCAGCGUGUCACCCAGGCAGUGUGAUUGACUAUGGCGGACAGACCUGACGACGAUGAUGUUAUUGUCCUGGCCAGCUUCAACAUUCACCGCAGCCAAGGUCGUCGGGCACGCAGGAGGCACUUCAUCACCAUAUCAGAUGACUCUGACGAGGAGCCGGUUCCUCUGGACCCCAACAGUCCUGUCCUGGUUUCAGACAAACCUGACGAUGAUGAUGUCAGCAUACUAGAGCCCCUGAAUCCUGCCCGGCGACGUGUGAUUCGUCCAGCAGCACUGUGGGGUGUGGCUUCUGAAGGCGAUGGACCAAUCAUGGAGCUAAAAGAGGUUGACGGUCAUCGUACUGCACCCCUUCCACCCACCUCACAGUACAGAGCCCGAGACGCCUCCGCCCCAUCCACCUCACAGUACAGAGACACCUCCGCCCCAUCCACCUCACAGUACAGAGACACCUCCGCCCCAUCCACCUCACAGUACAGAGACACCUCCGCCCCAUCCACCUCACAGUACAGAGACACCUCCGCCCCAUCCACCUCACAGUACAGAGACACCUCCGCCCCAUCCACCUCACAGUACAGAGACACCUCCGCCCCAUCCACCUCACAGUACAGAGACACCUCCGCCCCAUCCACCUCACAGUACAGAGACACCUCCGCCCCAUCCACCUCACAGUACAGAGACCGAGACGCCUCCGCCCCAUCCACCUCGCAGUACAGAGACACCUCCGCCCCAUCCACCUCACAGUACAGAGACCGAGACGCCUCCGCCCCAUCCACCUCACAGUACAGAGACGGAGACACCUCCGCCCCAUCCACUUCACAGUACAGAGACCGAGACGCCUCCGCCCCAUCCACCUCACAGUACAGAGACGCCUCCGCCCCAUCCACCUCACAGUACAGAGACACCUCCGCCCCAUCCACCUCACAGUACAGAGACCGAGACGCCUCCACCCCAUCCACCUCACAGUACAGAGACGGAGACACCUCCGCCCCAUCCACCUCACAGUACAGAGACACCUCCGCCCCAUCCACUUCACAGUACAGAGACGGAGACGCCUCCGCCCCAUCCACCUCACAGUACAGAGACACCUCCGCCCCAUCCACUUCACAGUACAGAGACCGAGACGCCUCCACCCCAUCCACCUCACAGUACAGAGACGGAGACACCUCCGCCCCAUCCACCUCGCAGUACAGAGACACCUCCGCCCCAUCCACCUCACAGUACAGAGACACCUCCGCCCCAUCCACCUCACAGUACAGAGACACCUCCGCCCCAUCCACCUCACAGUACAGAGACACCUCCGCCCCAUCCACCUCACAGUACAGAGACGUAGACACCUCCGCCCCAUCCACCUCACAGUACAGAGACACCUCCGCCCCAUCCACCUCACAGUACAGAGACGCCUCCGCCCCAUCCACCUCACAGUACAGAGACCGAGACGCCUCCGCCCCAUCCACCUCGCAGUACAGAGACACCUCCGCCCCAUCCACCUCACAGUACAGAGACGGAGACACCUCCGCCCCAUCCACCUCAACCCAGACCAGACCUCAACCCUUCACCAGGCCUGUCCUGCAGGAGGUCAAGUUAGUUUUGCUCCCUCAGGUCCAGCCCCCUGCACCUCCUCAGCCCCAUGCCCGGCCCCGAUCCCCCCUACAGCAGCUCCACCCUGGACCCCUCAACCAGCCUCAGCCCCCCCUGCCCCCCCAGGCUCUCCUCCUAACCCAUGCCUUCCAGAUCCAACAACCCAGACCCCUUCAUCCCCAACCUGUUCCCCAGGUCGCCCCCCAGCCCGUGCCUGCUCCCCAGCGGUUUCCUGUGGGCCCCUGUGGCGUCCCUGCCCCCGCCGUGCUGAUAGCUGCUGCCCCCGAGCGUCUGGGCCCCCCAGAGACCGGCCAUCGCAUCACCCUGGGCAGCCAGACUCUUGGGGGCCUUCACCCCCAGGCCGGAGCCCCACUGCUGACAGACGACCGCCCUCUGUCCCUGGGGCCACAGGUGGUAGUUGUGGUCAACCGGCCAGCCACUCAACCUCCCCUCCCCAUCCCAGCUCUCGCUGUUCCCCUGAACCCCAACCCCAUAGUCCCAGCCCCUGUCGUCCCCAGGACAGCGGAGGAGAGGGCAGGUCCCUCAGACCAACAGGAAGUCCAGGGACCAGAGACACCUCAGCUGCAGCCCCACGUCAGUGCACUGGUCAGAGGAGUGGUGGAUCUGUUUCCUGAUGUCCAGGAGAACUAUGUAGCAGAACUGAUCCAGACCAAUGACCUGAAAGACCUCAAUGUUAUCUGUAACAUGUUGCUGGAGAACCCAGCCUUCCCUCAGCGAGAGAGUUCAGCCUCCGCAGCUCAGAGCAGCAUGCUACUGGAACCCUGCAACGACAACUCACAGUCUGCGGAGGACCUGUUUGACCUGGGGUCGUUAGGUCAGGUGGGUCAGGAGGCGUCGAUGCAGGCAGCUGACCUCUUGAUGGGGGACUUCAGGAUGAUUUCCUGUCAGGACAUCAAAUGGAGCCUCAACGCCAUGAAGGGGCACUACGCAAUCACACGCAAGGCCUUAUGUGAAGCAGUGAAGCAGUUUCAAGACUCUGAGUCGUUAGAGAAGAGACGACGCAGGAGACAGACUGCAGAACGCUGCUAUAUAGACUUCAAGUAUCAACAUGGUUCGGUGAAGUUGGAGAGGAGGAUGUACUUCCUGGAGAAGAACCGUCGCGGCUGCAGGACGUACGGAGCGGCUCUGGACCCCUCGCUGCAGAGGGAGAUCAGCUUCUAUCAGCAGAAAGCCAAGGAGCAUGCCGAGCAUGAAGACUUCCUGUUGGCUCUGCAGGUUAAUGAGGAGGAGUAUGAGAAGGACGGACAGCUGAUAGAGUGUGGGUGUUGCUGUGGGGACUUUGCCUUCGAGAAGAUGACCCAGUGUUCUGACGGACAUCUCUUCUGUAAAGAAUGUCUGGUGAAAUAUGCCGAGGAGGCCGUGUUCGGGUCGGGACAGUCCUCUCUCAGCUGUAUGGAAGCAGGCUGUCCCUGUUCCUUCCCGGUGUGCGAGUUGGAAAAGGUUUUGCCAGACACGGUGUUGUGUAAAUACUACGAGAGACAGGCUGAAGAGGCCGUGGCCGCGACCUGCGCCGACGAACUAGUACGUUGUCCGUCCUGUAACUUCCCAGCGUUGUUGGAUAAAGGCGUGUCUCUGUUCAGCUGUCCCAACCCUCGCUGUCGGAAGGAGAGCUGCAGGAAGUGCCGUGUCCAGUGGAAGGAGCAUGCUGGGAAGUCAUGUGACCAGGUCAUGGAACGAGAUGAGAUACGCAUGAGGGUGGCCUUUGAGGAGCGGAUGACCGCAGCUCGGGUCAGGAAGUGUGUGAAGUGUGGAACAGGUCUGGUGAAGUCUGAGGGAUGUAACAGGAUGUGGUGUCGCUGUGGAAGCUACAUGUGUUACCUGUGCCGAGAGCCAAUCAGUGGAUACAACCACUUCUGUCAGCACGCCCGUUCCCCUGGCGCUCCCUGUAGGCACUGCCACAAGUGCUCCCUCUGGACAGACCCCACGCAAGAUGACGAGCGCAUCAUUCAGGAGAUUCAGAAAGAGGGCGAGAAAGAGCUCAACAAGAAGAACGCAGAGACUUCAGGGAAGAGAGUGGGCCCGCCCCCGGAACCUGUGGUGGUUGCUAAGCGACCUCGAGCAGCCCCCCCUCCCCAGGCGGUGCGAGCGCCCUUAUUGGUCCCUCCUCGUGUCAUUCUGCCUCAUCGCCAGCCCUUGCCCCCCGCCCCCUACGUGCCCCCGCUCCUCCACCUGCCCCCCCUCAACUACCACCCCCCCCUCAACCAGGUCAACAACAACCUGAACAAUAUAGACGUCAACAUGCCCAUGCACUAUGGACCCCCACCCCGCUACUACAGACACCUAUAA